CGCCGCGCUCUCGAUCAGUGGCAGUGCCGUAGCACUGACGCACAGCUGAUUGUGACGUCACUACCAUGAGAAAAAAAGUGUAGUACUUCGUUGGCCAUAUCAUACAUCCAUCUACUUAAUUUACUGAGCAGAAAUACCACAUAAAACACGAGACCUCAUGUCCUGGAGGAUGGGGGUGAUGAGGAACGGUACUGUUGCGGUGAAGGUUUUCCUCGCCACCCCUGAGGAACGUCAGUGUUUUGAGCCACAGUAACUCUUCUUUCCCCUCCCUGCGCACCAUGAUAAGAUAAACUUAUGAAGUGACAUGAGUGGCAGUUGCUGACUGAGAUGAAUGGGGACCACAAUGGAGGAAAUAGCUGGAGACUCAGCUCAAGGUUUAAAAUCUCCCAGUUCUUCAUCCAGUGCUGCAGAUGGCAUCCCUAGGAGACUCCUUGCACUCACAAAUAUGACAAGUGAGGAUUACUGCAACACUUAUUGGCCUCAGCUCCGUGUUGCUAUUGACAAGCUGCUUGAGGGCCCUCCUCCUCCACACCACUUGGGACCAGUCAUUGAAUUUGAACCCAUGUAUUCGGCUGCAUACAAGUGUGUCUGUCAGCAACACUCGGAGGCACUCUAUAAUGAUCUUAUGUCCCACAUUGAGAGACAUUUUGUCAGAGUUGCUAUACAGUUGCAGAAUGAAGAUGAAAGUCAACUGAUUGACCAUUGUUUCUAUGUUAUUCAUCGUGCCAUGUACAGUUUAGAUGGAAUUAUUCCAGUUUUUACAUAUUUGAAUAAGGUGUAUGUUUCUGCCAAACUGUCCUCAAAUCUUCGAACAGAAUUGCAGAGUCUAUUUUGCAGGACUGUCAUUGAUCCUAUUAUUGAUAAGCUAGUAGCCAUAGUGAAGCAAACAACUGAAACCAAGCCAUUCUCUGUUGCACCACAAGUCAUGGCUUCUGUCAUAAAAAAUCUUCACAAGCUUGAUCCAAAUUACUCCCAAAAAUAUCCACAGGUGUUUGCUGGCUACAUUCCUGGUGUUCUUCCGGCAAUGCGAGAACAUGAACUUUCUAGUUACAUAGAUGAGACUCGGGAACUCCAGGCAACACUUCGCCAGUUCUGGAUCACCUCAAAUGCUCAAGGAAGAAAAAGGUGUUUAGAUGAAGAAACACCCAGUUAGCAUCAUUUCUACUUAGGAUUUCUAAAUUGGAUAGUCAUGUGAAACAAUGGGAUACUUAAAAAUUUUGAAGUUGUUUAGGUCAAUUUCUUCUUUUAUAUGAGGCAUUUGAUAGAUGAUGAUUAAGUUUUCAUAUAUAUUGACACUGCCUUAUGGGAGAUAUAUAACAAUUAAAUAAUCAUUUCAGAUAUUCUCUAAUUUCAUUGCAUCCAUCAUCAUUUCAUCAUUAACAUAAUGAUCAUGAUCAUGAUCAUCAUUAUCAUUGUUGUCAUCUUCACCAUUAUACAUUAUACUAAUGAUAAAGCUGUAGAGAUUAAGCAAUACCUGAAGUAUGUUGUGUGCAGAAGUCACACUUGUAAAGAAUAUAAUAAGGUGUAAUCAGUUGAAAUUAUAUAAGUGGAAUAGAGAUAACAAAAAGUAAAGGUGACAGCAUGGCUGCUCACACCAGUGAUAGAUUUUAAGCCUCUGUAUUUUCUACACAUCUUAAAAGGCAACUGAAAUGGAUGGAGUGAAGGGACCAAGAACACCCUCUAUAUUUUUACUCCUGCAGUGAGGCAAGGCAUGUCUUGGUUACCUGGCUUUGAUAUAGAUCUCAGACUGGUAUAUAGAACUUCCUUUAUUGUGGUACCCCAGCAUAUUGCUAACAGUAACUAUCCAUCAUGUAAAUGUAGAUGCAUCAUUGUUUUUAUUUCUCUGUGCUGAGAUGAUAUUCUGAUAUAAAUUUGGAUAGCUAAGACAGUGCUAAGAAAUUAAUACAGUGGUACCUUGAGAUAUGAGCUAUCUAAGAUACUAGGUUUUUGAGAUAGGAGCUACAAUUUGGUCCUUUUUUUGUUUUGAGAUACGAGCAAAAUUUUGAAAUAUGUGUCAUGCUUGGGGAUGUUGCUAUAGGCCGGCAGCUUGGUGCAUCAGUCCAGCCUUAGUAGAGCUAGUAUCAUCGUAUUUCCUGCGGAUCUCAUACACUGUGAUUGUUCUUUCGUAAUUUUCACACUAUUUACUUUUCUUCUUUUUGUUUAAAGUGUAGUUUUAAUUUACGUAAAAUAUUUACCUGUGAAUGGUACCUGCAUCCCUUCUUUUCCCCCUCCCUCCUCCUCCUCUGCCAUUCACUACUGUUAGCUGAAAGUGUCUUGUCUCCAAAGUAAGACCACUAAAUAAACUUGUGCUGUUA